CUGGGGGAGGAGGCAGUCCAAAUGUGAUUAUAAAAAGCCAGCCUUCAGCUGGAGAGCUGUUGCCUCACUGCUGUUCCCAUCUAACGUCGGGCUCUGGGAAAGGAAGAUUCACCUUCUUCCCCCUCCAAGGACGGGGAAACCACCGAGCAGGUCCAAAAGGGCUCUGGAGACCAUCUGUUUCCUCUCCCCCUUCUCCCGGCCAGUGACAAAGACUGAGCGCGGCGCCAUCAUGCGGCAAGAGGCGGUAUCGCUCUUCCUGUGCUACCUGCUGCUCUGCGCGUGCUGCAGGGUGGAGGCAGGCAAACGACAACGGGAAAAGGAAGAUUCGGAAGGCGGAGGCUCCGGGUUAUGGGGCGCGCUAACCUGCAUGGCUGUCGGAGGAGGCCUCCUGGCGGCAGGGCUGCCCGCGCUGGGCUUCCUGAGCACCGGCAUUGCCGCCAACUCGGUGGCCGCCUCCCUGAUGAGCUGGUCGGCCCUGGCGAACCGGGGCGGUGUGCCCGCCGGGGGGCUGGUGGCCACGCUGCAGAGCCUCGGUGAGUGGGGCGCGGGGCCCUCCUGCAGGGAUGCCAGAGCCCGGGGCCAGUGGUGGCAGUGCCCUCAUGGGCAAGAUUGGUGCCUUUCUAGGCUACACCGUCCACAGAUACCUGGAAAACAGCAAGGAGGAGGUGGAGGAAGAGGAGUAGCCUGCAGCAUCAGGAACCCCCAAACUCCUUCCAGCUGUAGUCCAGAGCUUUCUCUGUCGCACUCCUCGGUGACAGAGUAAAAUUCGAUCAGAAAACGUUUUGCCGGGGCAUCUGGGAGCCUCUGCCUUCUGCUCAGGUCAUGAUUUCAGGGUCCUGGGAAUGAGUCCCACAUCAGGCUCCUGCUUGGUGGGGAGCCUGCUUCUCCCCCUCCCUCUGCCAUUCCCCUUAUUUGUGUGCUCUCUCUUACUCUAUGUCUCAAAUAAAUAAAUAAAAUCUUAAAAACAAA